AAAAAAAAAACUUUUAUGGCGGCAAGACGUGUUUUGAAAACUCUUGUGUAAAAUUAUUAAUUUUAUAUUCAAUUAACGCGUGUCUUUCAGUUAUUUGUGUUUUAAGAUACUCUUAAAUAAUUAACUUUCUGGUUUUUCAUAAAUUUGAAGCGGUCCCGACUGUUACAGUCGGGAUCCGAAACCAAUGUCCCACAAUAGAGGUGAUGGCGCAAAUGAAACUACAAAUCACGUAAAUAGCUCCGAGACAAUCCUACAAAAUGAUUCCAUGGACUUAACACAACGUGAUAUGGACUUCGAGUUACAGGAAAUGACGACUGAUAAUGGUGAACCGAAUCCAUCAGUUGACCUAAGUUCACCUAAGGUCAAGGGUAAGCUUAAGGCAAGACAGUUUCCCAAGGUUAGUACGGAGACAGUUAUUACGACAGAACAUUCCUAUGCAACCAAGAGGAAGGACGACGCUGAAUGGACAUUAGUUACCAAAAAUCCAAAACGCCGUUAUGUGUUUAACCCAGAAUUAUCUGUGGGCACAGAAUUAAGCAUUAUUUGCAAAGAUAUGCUGCCAAAACAAUUUGCGCUAGCGAAGCUGCUAAAAAGUCAUGAUAUUCUAGGUAUCAUUAGAGUCAGGUACGUUAAUUCAUAUAAAGUGCUUGUCCAAUUUGAUAAUGAAACCAGCGCUGAGCGGCUUAUGUCCAAGGUUGCUUUGCAUGAGGAGUUGGGCUGGCGGUGCCAAAAAACAUACGAGGUUGGUGUUUCUUAUGGCAUUAUUAAGGAUGUGGAUUUAGAUUUAAGUGAAAAAGAUAUGAUAGAGAGUAUGACAUGUGGAGUAGAAAUAGUUUCAGUAAAAAGAUUAAGUAGAAAAAGUUCAGAUGAAUCAGGAUGGAAGGACAGUGAGACCGUACGUGUAUGUUUCAAAGGCCCCAUAUUACCACCUUACGUUUAUAUACAUGAAAUGCGAGUUAAGGUUGAACCAUACUUAUUUCCAGUAUCACUUUGUGCCAAUUGCUGGCGGUAUGGUCAUACAAAGAAAACGUGUUCCAAAAAAUCUACUUGUCCUAAGUGUGGAGGCCAACAUUCAAAUUGCGAGACAACUGUAUUCACAUGUCGUAAUUGCUCAGGAAAUCACAUGGCUUUAGACAAAAUUUGUCCACUCUACCAAAAAGAAAGAAACAUAAGGAAGAUUAUGGCUGAAUUUAAUUGUACAUAUAAAAAGGCGUUGAAUAAAUAUGAACCAGGUUCUAGUAGCCCGCCAGCCCCGGCGGCAUCAAUGUAUCAGGAAAACUUUCCCCCUACGCUUAGGACAACUGAGACGACUUCAGUGGCUGAAAAAUCAACAGUGGAGCCUGCGGUAAUCGAACCAGCAUAUGCAAAAGUAGUGGUGACCCAAGCUGAAGUUCAUAGUGAUGCCCCAGGUAAAAAAAAAAAAUCGUUUACUCCAUCUAAAAAGGCAAGCCGUACUAAACCUAAACGCAGGAAGGCCGAAGUGAGAGAAAAAGAUGACAGUAUAUCUGAUAAUAACUUAUCAAGUAUGAAAACUGAUGAUAAUGACGUUCUACCAGAAAUAACGAGCAAACCCAAGGAACCAAACAGAGAACCUAUACUUUAUGGAAAGAAUACUUUGAUAAGAGAUCAACAGAGAAGGGUAUUUGGUACAAGACGAUCCAACCUCAUCCUUUAA